UUCCCCUCUCUUCUGCGUAUCUUAUCAUUCCCAAUUUCACGCUAUUACCCCUCCAUUUGGGCCCAAAAAAAGGGCUCGUACAGCGCACAUCACCCUCGAAUUUCGGAACGCGACAGAUUUCAAAGCCCUUCUCAACAAAAAAUUUCUUUUGUACGAGGACCCGUCCGUAAGUCGGAAGCAGUUUUGUGUCGUUUUCGCCGGAACAGACUAAGGGUACGUGUUGUUGGGAUUAUCGCAAAACUAUAUAUUCACAUCUGUAUCCUUCAUCAAAAAUUGUGGACGGAAUCAAACAAUCAGUUCGUUAGACAGAUUGAGCUUACAAAACAAUAUUUUCAUAUGUCAUCCAUCUUAAAGCAAAGAGUUAGGUACGCGCCUUACUUGAAUAAGUUAAGAACUGCCGAGCAAUGUAUUGAGCUUUUCAAGCACGGUCAAUACUUGGGUUGGUCUGGGUUCACUGGUGUUGGAGCCCCUAAAGCCAUUCCUACUGCAUUGGCUGAUCACGUUGAGAAGAACAACUUGCAAGGUAAACUUGCUUUCAACUUGUUUGUUGGAGCUUCAGCUGGCCCUGAAGAGAGUCGCUGGGCGUCUAACGACAUGCUUUUAAGACGUUCUCCUCAUCAAGUCGGUAAGCCGAUUGCUCAAUCCAUUAAUGAUGGUAGAGUUGAAUUCUUUGACAAGCACUUGUCAAUGUUUCCUCAAGAUUUAACCUAUGGUUAUUACACCAGAGACAAGCCUGACAACGAUAACUUGGACUUCACUAUCAUUGAAGCAACCGCCAUUACUGAAGAUGGUAGUAUUGUUCCUGGUCCAGCUGUUGGUGCUUCUCCAGAGAUGCUCGCUGUCUCCGACAAGAUUAUCAUCGAAGUCAAUACCAAGACCCCAUCCUUUGAGGGCAUUCACGACAUUGACCUCCCUGUCAAUCCUCCUUUCAGACAACCAUACCCACACUUAACCUCCGACUACAGAGUAGGUAGAACUGCUAUCCCUGUGGAUCCUUCAAAGGUUGUGGCAAUUAUUGAAACUCACGCUAAUGAUAUCGUUCCACCAAAUGCCCCAUCUGAUGAAGGCUCAAAACAGAUUGCAGCACACUUACUUGAGUUCUUUGAGCAUGAAGUUAAAUUAGGAAGAAUUCCUGAGAACUUACAUCCUUUGCAAUCUGGUAUUGGUAACAUUGCCAAUGCUGUUGUCGAAGGUUUGGCUCAAUCGCAGUUCAAGAACUUAACUGUUUGGACCGAAGUGUUGCAAGAUUCUUUCUUGGAUUUUUUCGAAUCUGGAUCAUUGGAUUACGCUACUGCCACUUCCAUCAGAUUGACCAAUGAAGGUUUCGAAAAGUUUUACCAGAACUGGGAUGCUUACAGUAAGAAGUUAUGUUUGAGAGCUCAAUCUACAUCCAACUCUCCAGAAAUCAUCAGAAGAUUGGGUGUCAUUUCCAUGAACACCCCUGUUGAAGUGGAUAUGUACGCUCAUGCUAACUCCACUAAUGUUAUGGGAUCCCGUAUGUUGAACGGAUUGGGUGGUUCUGCUGAUUUCCUCAGAAAUGCCAAGUUGUCCAUCAUGCAUACUCCAUCGGCUAGACCAUCAAAGACCGACCCAACUGGUGUGUCUUGUAUUGUUCCUAUGGCUCCACACAUUGAUCAAACCGAGCAUGAUUUGGACAUUGUCGUCACUGAACAGGGUUUGGCUGACUUGAGAGGUUUGUCUCCAAAAGAACGUGCCCGUGAAAUCAUCAACAAAACUGCUCAUCCUGACUACAGAGACCAGUUACAAGAUUACUUGGACAGAGCUAUCUUCCACGGUACCAAGUACAAGACUUUGCAUGAACCACACAUCUUGAAGGAUGCUUUCAAGAUGCACACUAAUUUCCAAGAAAAUGGAACCAUGAAGUUACAAUCUUGGGACCAAAAAUUCUAAUCUUUAAUGAUAUAUAGUAAUCGCUAAUUAAACAAUUCAUUCGAGUAUUUUUGCAGCCAGCCUAGAGCUUCGACAUUUACCACUUCCUUCACUUUAGUGGUGCGACCAUUAAGAAAACUUCCACUAAAAAAUAUCAAAAUCGCCCGGUUACACUGCUUUAAAUUUCCGCGGAUCUGUCAUAAAAUUUCGGAUAAAUAGAGUGGUGAUUUGUACUGAACACUACUGCAGCAAUUCAAGGUGCAUAAAACUGCGAUGCAGGGUGCGCUCAUCUUAGAAAUUGUAUUGUUUUGCUUGUACAAUCAGCAUCACAAUUUGUAAAGAUACGCAGCAACCAGGUCCACUUGUGCAAGAGUUGCGAAGCAUUUCAUUUCCAUCACUACUAGUGCAUUUCAAUUACAUUGGUGCGCCAUUCUCAGUCAAUAAAUAAGGAUCUUAAUUUACGACGUAUGUGAGCUAAACUCCUGGACCUGUCAUAACCGGAUUUAUUAC